GUUAUUGCGCGGAAGUUUAGCAUCGUUAGCCAGCUGGACUGUCUGCGAGUCUUUACUGAUUUUUAUCAACCAGUUCGUUGAUCGACAUUCACAUUUAGAGGCUUUUAUAUUCCAUCAUGUUACAAUUUCUGGCUGGGUUCACCUUGGGCAAUAUUGUGGGGAUGUACCUCGCUCAAAACUAUGAAGUCCCCAACAUUGCCAAGAAGUUUGAAGAUUUUAAGAAGGACGCGGAGGCCAAGAAGAAACCCCCAGAAUGAACAAAAGGGGACUACGUUACAAGCAACAAAAGUUCAACUAUUUAUUUCACAGGGUUCUGUUGGUGCAGUGUGUGUACAUUUGAUAAAAGGAUUGAUCAUGUGAAAUAUGUAUGAAAAUAAAAACAGUGCCUGGAAAAGUAUUUGGUUUUUUCCUCUUAGUGUUAAAGGCGACUUCCCAAUGUAGCCUAUUUUUUUAUAAGGUAUAUAGUGUGAAGACUGGAUCUCAAUAUUAGUAAAACUAACUUAUGGGAUCACUUUGAGUCCAGUUUAGUGGCACUUGUCAUUUACCUUUUCUAUCAUGCAGUGUUGUGUUUUAUCUUAUGCAUGCUACAAAAUCUCUACACUAGAUGUGUAUAAUAUUAUCUACAGUGCAUUGUAUUGUACAAAACUAAGAACUUGUUUUGCAAGCUUCCAACUUGUCGCUUUGAAAACUGCCAAACAUUGUUUCUUAUCAGCACAAACACACCUCUGAAUUGUGCAGCUAACAAUAAAGUUGCAGAUAAUUAAA